AUUAUUGGUAUUGUUCAUAUUAGGGUUAUUGUUCUUAUCAUGGUGAUACGUUGGCUAUUAGCUUCUGACUGGUGAUCUCUAUAUCCAGCUUCGAGCCACACACCAUAAAGUACUUAAAGCAUGCUGUUAUUCUGCCACUAAUACAGUCCUUAUGUCACAAUUGAAGAAGCUGUAUCUUUAAGUGUAAAUGUACGCUUAACACUUUUCCAUUGGUAAGGCGCAAUGUUCAAAGAACAAACAGGGUAGUAUUUUCUUGGCAUUAUGGAGUAGGUACUUAAGUGACAUUUUCUUGCCAUUAGUAAAAAGAUAAAAGUACAUGUGGAAAAAAGUGCAUGUGAAAUGGUACCACAGUUUUACAGAAGAGUGUGGUACCGUUGUAGAACAUUGCCUUGGUAAAUUUGCACAGUAAUUUUCAGUUGACCUUGUCUCCCAGGCUAAUACAGAGCUACUGUGCUUUACCAUGGUUCACCAGCGUUUGUACCAUGUUUUACCAUACAGUAGGUAAUAUGCUUUUCUGUGCUGCGCUUUCACUCUUCACUUCGCUGUAAUGUCACUGGGGUAUACUGAAGUAUAUGACUAGAACAUGGGCUUCAUUUUUCAUAGCUAAAAAAAAGUUUUCUCAACCUGUUCCACCACAAAUGAGUUUCAUUUUGAAAAAAGUGUGGCUGCUCCCUUCCUUAUUUCAGUCGUGUUUCCUCAUUGUUUUAAGGAUGUGUGCCUUUUCAGGCAGUAUUUUAGUUUUUAUUUAGUUAUGCUCUUCUUGGAAAAAAACAUCCACUACUGCAUGACUGGCACCACUGAGAUCAAAGUCACCAGAAAAGGCGCAGGCGCUUGACACAGGAAGCCUAGACUGUUCUAUGUAUUUCCUGUGCACCGUGUGCAAACUAGCUCACUGCACAUUCAUUCAAAACCCUUUUACUCAGUUAUAUUUCUCUUAAAAAAGUAAAGGCAGUAGGGUCAUUGUGGGGAGCCAGGGCAGCACUGACUCAAUGUGACAAGUCUGCAAGAUGUUCAUCUUCAGGGAAGCUGCAUGUGGAAAUCGGCAAAAAAAAGUUUGCUUUCCUAAAUGGUGUUAGAUUUGGAAGCAAACCAAACAUCUACAGGUCGACUGUCUUGCCUAUCAUGACUAAAAGUCUUCUCUUUUUGUCAAAUAAGUCUUUCUGACCUUACAGCUUCAGCAGCCUUUGUUUCUGAUAAAGGAGUUGUCGGGAAGGUGUCCUGAAGAUGUGGUUGUAUUUGAUAACCCUUCUGGCCAUACCCCAUCAUGCACUGGGAGCCAACCCAGGACUGGAGAGUGUGAUUACCCAGAAGGCACUGGAAUAUGCUAAGCAGGUUGGAGCGAGCUUGGCACAGGAGAAGCUGGGAGGCUUGACUAUCCCAGAUAUGACAGGCAGUAUCAGCAUCUCUCCUUUUGGCAAGGUGGACUACUCCCUGAGUGGGAUGCACGUGGUCAACUUCAACCUCCCUGAGCCUGUGGUGGGGUUUGCUGAAGAGGCCGGGAUCAAGAUUGGAAUCAGCGGAAUGAACGUUGCAAUAAAUGGAAAUUGGAGAGACCAUUACCUGCUGAUAAGAGACAGUGGCUCCUUCGACUUGGCGGUGUACGGGCUCGCGGUGUCUGUGUUGGUUGGGGUGGGCUCCGAUUCCACCGGCCGCCUCACCGUAUCCAGCGCCAACUGCGAUGCCAGCGUGGGGGAUCUGGAGGUGACGUUCCACGGGGACACCAGUUGGCUGUAUAACAUCUUAAAAAAAAUAAUACAAGGUCUAGUUUAUGAACAACUCAAUAGCAAGCUGUGCCCGAUGAUCAGUGAAUAUAUCGACGGGUUGGAGCCUCUUCUCCAGAAGAUAAACGUGUCCUAUCAAUAUGACCCCUAUGUUGUGUUUGAGUUUCCUCUCAUCCACCCUCCUGCCAUCGGGGCCUCUAACAUGGAGUUUGAUUGUAAGGGGGAGUUCUACAGUGUUGAGCAUCGCGGGGAGUACCCUUUCACCCCUGAGCAGUUCCAGCUCCACGAUCAGAACCGCAUGGUCUCUGUGGGACUCUCCCAGUCCUCCGCAAACUCUGCUGGCUUCGCUUACCACUCCGCUGGGAUCCUCCGGAUCAGGCUCACUGACAGCAUGAUUCCCAAAGUGUCUCCAAUCAGACUCAACACUACCAGCUUUGAGUCCUUCGUCCCGGAGCUUCCCAAGCGCUACCCCGGCAUGUUGAUGCUGGUGGAUCUGUUUACCAGCCAGCAGCCGCUCAUCACUUUCCAGCCAGACAACGUGACCGCGCAGGCGUUCGGAGCCGCCAAGGUGUACGUUAUCCUGCCCAACACCACCCUGGCGCCCGUCUUCGUGCUGGACAUUUGUGCCAGCUUCAGUGCCAAGCUAUUCAUGUCUGAUUUGAAACUCACUGGAUUCAUGACUCUGAAUAACGUCAGUCUAAACCUGGCAUCUUCUGAACUGGGGCCAUUCCAGACCAAAUCUAUGGAGAAUGUGAUCCGAGCAGGGAUACAUCUGGCAGUGCUGCCCGAGGUGAACGCAAAGCUGAAGAGUGGCAUCCCUCUCCCUGCCACUCCGGAGGUCAGUCUGGUCAAUCCUGUGCUCAAGGUCAACCAGGGGUUUGUAGUGUUAGCCACUGACGUUUCCUACAGUCCCUGAGCACAGGAAGACCCAAGAGUAGGAAGCUUCUUGUAAGUCUCUGAUGAGAAUGUAUCCUCUGCGGUCCACCAUUGGUUGUGACUAUACCCUGUCCUUCCUGUUGUGCUGCAGCAUGCUCUGGGAAGCCAGGCUGCAGUGAUUUCUAUAUUGUUCUACAUUUUGCUGUCUGAUUUAAUUGUCUCAGUGACUUCUCGAUUGUGGUCAUUUGAUUUGAAAUAAUCAUUUCGAAAGCAUUCGCUGCUUGAUCUGCAACGAGAAAGCGCCAGUUCAACUGAAUGCAAAAACAUGACGUGGAGUUCCAGUGAUAUUGCAAGCUUCAUUUUUAUAAAACCCUGAGCUCAUUAAUCAUCAUACUCGCUGCUCACACAAUACAAUCUUCCUGUACUGAAUGGAAAAACAAGUCCCUAAAUCUCGAGGGGGAAAAAACAAAUCUCAAAGCUUUUUAAUUCAAUUGAUUGAUUUUACUGAUGUAAUUUUUUCUGUGCAAUUUUAUCAGUUUAAAUGUUUCUGCUCUGUAUAACAAAUGUAUGCUGCUGACGCCCCAGGGAAGACUGUGAACAACAUGUUUCUCUCAAAGGCUUUACUGGCUCAAUAAACUCUUCUGCUACAUGA